AGGAAGCCGCUUUUGCGAGCAGGCUUCGUCUCCUCAGCAGUCAACUUCUCUGUUUCAUUACAUCUCUAAUUCUUUCGCAAUGGCUGGAUCCAUUGUGACCAAGCCAGAGUUCGUCCAGGGUGCUUCCGGCAUCAAGCUCCAUAUAAACUUCGUCCGCAACACCAUUUGGGUCACCGGAGCCAGGAAGCGCGAUGCUUCCCACCUGGAUGCGGACACCCUGGACCGACUCAGGGCUCAUUUGGUCAAGGAGACCGGGCUCUCCGCUGCUCGCAUCGCGAACUACAGCAAGGAAGAGCUAGAGGCUGCCAUAUCUCUAGCAGGCAUGCCGUUCAGUCCACCAUCACACAAGAAGCUCAAGCUCGGGCAUAACAACGGUAUCAUCUUGAAAUCUGCCCUGGCAGCCCGAAAGCAGCGUAUCGUCGACCCAAAACUUGCUGCAGACGCACUCCUCAUCCUAGGCGCCACCAAGGCCAGCUCCGACGUCUACGACAGCGACGCGGACUCUCUCGAUGGCGACGCUCCUUCCUCCACAACCACGAAGCCGGAGCUCUUCCGCAACAUCCAGUGGGGUUCGGCCGCAUCCGACUACUCCAACGAUGCCGACUUCCCGACCGAGCCUUCCUUCGAUCAGUUCGUGCCUGGCCGCUGGGAACGCCUCGCCGACGGCACCCUCAAAGACCAAAAGCACAAGCUCCUCGUGCGCCUAACCUCCAAGGACGGCCGAAAAAUGAUUUUCAAGAACCCGCCACCCAAGGACUGGAACGACCAGAAGGCCAUCACCGCCCUGAACAAGCGCGUCAGCCAGCAGAUACGCCGCAACACGGAGGUCCGCUUUCGCCUCGAGGUGGAGCCCUAUGUGCGCGAGGAGCGCGCCUGGAUCUGCGACCAUCUUUUGCAAGGGAAGCCUGCGAAUGGUUGGAAGGCGUUUGUCGAGGCGUUCAAUGCACAAUUCGUGGGAAAGGUGCUGGUGGGGUGUGAGCAGCCGAGGCCGGAGCGCACGCACUCGAGCUUGACCAAAGAGAUUGAGCGCUUUGGGAAAGAGUUCUAUGGGAAGGGAAAGGUGCCAGAGAUUCAGAGCAAGUGUGGAAGGGAAAGAGCAAGCAGGAGAAGCCAGAGGAGGUCUAGGCACGUGUGAUGAAGAGUUGUGGUACAUAUUGCCCCAGGUUGGGCUUUGGAUACGGGCAUCUACGGGCUGGUUCUCGUCCUAUCAUGUAUGCAUGUCUUCACUUUGAGAUGCUGGCAGAUUCGUCGGUAG